AGAUAGAUCUUGAUUCCCACACAGCUGACGAUAAAGCACAGUUUUGAAUUGAACGGUCACAACUCAACAUCGCAUCGUGAACGUGCAAUAAAAACUCAUAACAAUAUUUAAUAAAAAAAAAAAAAAUUAACGUGGUUCAACAAUUUGUUCUUUGUUUAUUUUGAGUAGACUGAUAUAUGCAAAAAGUGUAAAAAAAUAUAGAUGAAAUGCGAGAGCGUGAUUUUGCAGACAUGUGCUGAACAGUAUACUAUUGUGUUUAGAUCUAGAAAGUAUUGCGAUAAGCCAAUGUUACUAAAAAAGUAAUUUCUUUAUUUUGAAUAUUAUCUUAUCGAGUAGGUAAUAAUAAAAUAAUCAACAAACGUGAAUUAAUGAAGUGAUAAAAAAAUACUGACAAUAAUAGUGGCUCAAACGGAGAUGCUUAGAAGUUCUGUGAAAAAUAUGUGAUCGUUAAUUUGUGCAUGGACAAAUUUUUAUCAAAAUGAAGACUAAAGAUAUGGAAAUGAAUUUAGAGGAACUGAAAAGUGAUAACAUCAAGAAACAGCAGGAUGAAAUCAAUUUUUCAUUUCGAAGUAUUCGUUAUACAAGAUGCGACAGAAAAGAAAAAAAAUCAGUGUGCAUACUGAAAGGAGUCUCGGGAUGCUUUACAUCAGGAAAACUCGUGGCCAUACUAGGUCCAUCAGGUGCAGGGAAAUCUUCUCUGCUCAAUAUACUAUCGGGGUUCAGAGAAACAGGCGUGCAAGGUUCAAUACGUCUCAAUGGAGCAAAUGUGACAUUAGAUAAAACGGGUUUUAGGAAAGCCUGUUGUUAUAUAACCCAAGAUGCGGCAAUGCUGGACCAACUAACAACGAGAGAAACUCUCAUGUUGGCAGCAGAACUGAAAUUGAAAACAAGAAAAUCGGGUAAAAAACUGAUGGUAGAUGACAUUGCAAAAUUGCUAAACUUAACAAAAUGUUUAGACACACGAGUUAGUUGCAUUUCUGGAGGCGAGAAAAAAAGAUUAUCAAUUGGAGUCGAAUUGGUGACAAAUCCGCCAAUUAUGUUUUUUGAUGAACCCACUAGUGGCCUCGACAGCGUUUCGUCCUAUCAGCUAAUGACCCAUCUUCGAAGCUUAGCUCGGGGUGGUCGCGCCAUCAUCUGCGCGAUACACCAGCCAUCAUCUCGACUGACUGAACUUUUCGACGACAUACUGGUACUUAGUGCGGGCCGAAUUAUAUACCUAGGGCCACUUGGUGACAUGGUUGAAACAAUGGAACGAUUCGGCCAUCAAUGUCCACAAUUUUAUAAUAGAGCCGAUUUUGCGUUAGAAGUAGCAAGUUUAGAACGAGGCGAAAACCUCGAUCCUCUGGUAGAGUUUACAGAAACUAAAUGGAGUAGAAAUCACGCCGAAGUAGGAAUCAACACUAUGAAAUGUGAUAAUAACAAACAUACAGAUCAAUCGCUCGUGGCAAAAAUCCCGCUCUUGAAUGAUGCAAUUCGAAUAGAAUUUGGCGAAACGGAGCCUCUCUCUUGCAGCUUAAAGAAAGUUAUGAAAGCAAGAUCGGAAUCUUUGUAUCCGACAUCAUUUAUCAAACAAUUCGCAGUAUUGUCAAAACGAUCGCUAUUGUGCACGUCACGAGACUUUUACUUUGCACAAUUGCGUGUACUCUGUCACAUUCUUGUUGGAUUAUUACUGGGGGGAGUAUUUUGGAGCGUUGGGGACGAUGCAGCUAAAGUACCAACAAAUGCGUCGUGCAUUUUCUUUUUCCUAAUGUUUAUUUUUUUCGCAAAUUCGAUGCCAACUGUUCAAACAUUUCCCAAGGAGACUGCAGUAUUUAUAAGGGAACAUCUCAAUAAUUGGUAUUCAUUGAAGAGUUACUACUUUUCGAAGUUAAUAUCUGAUAUUCCAAUACAGUUAAUAUGCCCAUCAUGCUUCAUAUUAGUAGCAUAUUAUAUGACUGGGCAACCAGGCAACUUUAUUCGAUUAGGUCACCUAUGGUUAAUUUGUUUAUUGGUGGCUUUAAUUGCGCAAAGUAUUGGUCUAGUAUCAGGAGCAGCAUUUGGAGUACAGCUCGGCACAUUCCUAGUACCAGCAUUUUGCAUACCAAUGCUGGUGUUUUCUGGUUUUUUCAUGCGCCUAACUGAAGUACCUUCGCAUCUGAUGUUCCUUUGCGAUUUGUCUUAUUUCCGUUACGCAUUUGGGGGUGCAAUAUUUGCAAUAUACGGAAACGGAAGGCCCUUCCUGGAAUGCUCACAGCCGUUUUGCUUGUACAAAUCGCCUGAAAAAUUCUUGAAUGAUAUGGGAUUGAAUAAGGAAGAUUUUUGGUUUGACGUAGGCAUUCUUGCAGUUUGGUUUAUUUGUUUGCAAAUUACUUUGUAUAUAAUUUUAAUAAUAAAAUUAUGCAGGUGCCGCUGAAAAUUGAAACAGU